AUGGCGUCUGGUGGUGUCCGAAGAUGGCAGCAGUUUGUCCAGGAACUGGUGAUGAUAGCCGGCACUUCUGUCUCUGCCUAUUUUCUCGUCCGAUACUUACUAUCGCGCAUGGACCUAGACCCUGAAGUCCAGAAGAAAGAGGAACAAAGGAAGAAAUCAGCAGCGAUUUUGAGAAGACUCGACGGCCCCGAUUCUGAUGAUGAUUCCCCAGGCCGAAGCGGUUCACGUCGGAGACGCAAGCAGAAGAAAGAGGAAUUGGUGUUAAAUCAAUAUGAGCAGGCUAUUGCUAUGGAUGUUGUCGCCCCGGAAGAUAUCGCAGUAUCUUUUGAGGAUAUCGGAGGCCUUGAUGAUAUUAUUGAAGAGUUGAAAGAGUCCGUGAUUUAUCCGUUGACCAUGCCUCAUCUAUAUGCUUCGACAUCAUCAUUACUCUCCGCUCCGUCUGGUGUUUUGUUGUAUGGGCCUCCAGGCUGCGGCAAGACAAUGCUUGCAAAGGCCCUGGCUCACGAGAGUGGAGCUUGCUUUAUCAAUUUACAUAUUUCCACCUUGACCGAAAAGUGGUACGGUGACUCGAACAAAUUAGUCAAUGCUGUCUUUUCGCUGGCUAGGAAAUUACAACCAUCUAUAGUGUUUAUCGAUGAAAUUGAUGCGGUAUUGGGCACGCGGCGGAGCGGUGAACAUGAAGCCAGCGGGAUGGUCAAGGCCGAGUUUAUGACACAUUGGGAUGGAUUGACCUCCGCCAACUCUGUGGGAGAGCCACAACGAGUUGUGGUGCUGGGCGCUACAAAUCGGAUUCAAGAUAUUGAUGAGGCCAUCUUAAGACGCAUGCCCAAGAAGUUCCCUGUCAGCCUUCCUCCAGCUGCGCAAAGGCUACGCAUUCUCGCUCUUGUUCUCAAGGAUACCAAGAUUGACCGCCCGAACUUCGAUCUCGAGUAUCUUGUAAGCGCCAUGGCGGGAAUGUCAGGCAGCGAUAUAAAGGAAGCCUGUCGAGAUGCGGCAAUGAUUCCCAUGCGCGAGCUGAUCCGAGAAAAGAAAGCGGCCGGUAUUCAUAUGACAACUGUUGAGCCCAGAGAAGUACGCGGUCUACGCACGGAAGACUUUUAUAAUCGCGCCGGUAGCGGUUUGAAGGUGAUUCCCAAACCUCAAACGACACCGAAACGCGAGAGCAAAGUCGUAAGUGAAAAGGAUGAUAAGGAAUGGGCAACUGAUUCUGAGGGCGCAGAAGAGGAGGCCCAGCCGCAAACUACAAUACCAGCUGUGUUCUCCGAGGUGCCUGAGUAG